AUGAUGCAUGGACCAUGUGGAAUAUUGAAUCCAUCAAAUGUUUGCAUGAAAGGAAAUCGUGGAUGCAAAAAUAAUUAUCCAAAGAAUUAUGCAUCUGCAACAACUGUUGGAAACGAUUGCUUCCCAAUAUAUAGGCGCUCAAACAAUGGAAUGACUGUGAAGGGUCGAGGACAAAAUCUAGAUAGUCGUUGGGUUGUUCCAUACAACCCGUAUCUCCUUGCAACAUUUGACUCUCACAUUAAUGUAGAGAUUUUUUCUACAAUAAAAGUAGUGAAAUAUCUUUACAAGUACAUUUAUAAAGGUCAUGAUCGUGUCGCUUUCAACUUGGUUUUUGAAACAAACAAUCAACAAGUUGAUGAAAUCCAACAAUUCCAGUCAGCCCAAUGGAUUGCUCCCCCAGAAGCAAUGUGGAGAAUAUAUGGAUUUAUUAUCAAUGAGAUGUCCCCAACAGUGUAUAGUUUGCAUUUACAUCUGGAGGAUCAACACCCGGUCACUUUCCGAGCAAACAUCGAUCUAAUUAACAUCCUCAAUUUAGACCGUUCUUGGAAAAACUAUGCUAACACAAUUCUUUUCAUUAAAUCGAGUAGAUGA